GCCAUGGUUUCGGCUAUCGUAAAAAUGGCGGAAGGUCAGAGUGGAGUGGACAGUUUGGCGACAGAAUUCGCGACCUACAGCGACUUUCUGGACUCUCAGGUCACGCCAACAGACCUGUACUACCUGGAGGAUGAGGAGCUGGCGAGACAGCUGGUGGAGCUGGGCUACAGGGGCAGUGGAGAGGUGCUCAAAAGAGAAGACUUUGAGGCCAGGAAACUCGCUGCUGCUGCCAGCAGGCAGGCCAGAGGAGACCAGCAGAAUGUCUUGUGCAGUACUGGUAAGCCAGUGGAGAAGUGUGCUCUCCUCUUGGCCCUGGCCCAGAGAGAAGAGGCCAACAGGAACGGGAAGAUGACUACCAUUGUCUUCGUAAGAGACAGAAAUCACAGGGGCCAGGAGAUCUCCGGCUACAUCGACUAUGCCCACCGACUCAAGACUGAAGAUUUUGGGCCCUACUUUUCCGGACGACGGAAGCUGCUGCCCCGUCACUCAGACCUGAGCUUCUAUAACUGGGACACCAACUACUCCACCUCCAAUUCCACUGCCAACUAUCAGGUGAUCGCAGACAGUUUGUCAGGGCUGCUCUUUAAAAACAAACGUGACAGGAAAAUGGUCUGCGUUGAUCCAAAGGCUCCAUCUCCAGGUGACAACACCACGUGUGCACGUCUGUCCUCUCAGAGGUACAUUCAGAUCACUCUCUUUGACCAUAUCACCAGGAGAAAAGCAUAGACCAUCACCUCAUUCACUACCACUGCACAUUUGUACUCUCUGUCAUCCUCAUUUUACUCCCCCUUUCAAUGGUGCAUUAAAUGUAUAUUUGCUUAAGGUCGUCUGUGUCAUUAACAAAAUGAAUUGAAGUAUGCACCACAGUGCUAGAGGUGCGCUGUGUAUACAAACUUAAACUUUGCACACACAAGUUUAUGUACAUACCAGCAAUUCCAAGGUCGAUAUCAAAGAGUAGUCUGUUGAUAAUAACCAUUUGUCCUCGUUUUACUUUCUCCUUUAAUGAUAGUG